AGUUCCUAAUUCUUAGCUAAUACUCAACUUAUAAUCUAUAGAUAUAUCGUUUAUUCAUUAAUAAUACAGCUUAUAAUGUAUUCAAAAAAAAUUCCAGAUGUGAUUUUGUCAACAAAAUUGGUGACGAUUUCGAUUAUAGCUUUGGUGUUAAUAAUAAUGGUUUCGUCGAGCGAUUGUCGGGAUUUACAUAAGCGGACAUUUGCUGGACUCGGAUGUCUUGGAGUCUACGAUAAGGCAAAGUUUGCGCGUUUAGAUCGGGUUUGCGAAGAAUGUUAUCAACUUUAUAGAGAACCUGAUCUUCAUUCCAGUUGCAGGAUUCUUAUA